CAAGCCUCUCUAAGGCAGAAGCACAAAUUGUUUCUCCAGACUGACUUGGCCUGUGUGGGUGUUCAGCUGGUUUUCUAUACCUUCUCAUGAAUAAAUACUGAUCUUAUUUCUCCAUGGCUUGUACUCAAAAUGUCCUUGGAGGGCAUGGCCCUUCCCCUGCAGCGGUAGCUGUGCACAAAAAUGGGAACAAGGAUCUGUGUCCUGAUGUAUCCCUCCAGUGUCCGAAUUCCAUGCAGAAGAAUGAUGAGGAUGGUGCUGCAAACUGGGACCGCCCUCACAUCCAACUCAGACCACCGUUCAAUAUGCUGACAGAGCUGACAGGAGACCAACUGAAGGGCCCUGAUGACCGAACAGGCUCCGGCAUUCCUGAUCUUUCAAGAGCUGUCAGACAACCCUAUGUGCUACCACCUGCUGUUGCAGUAGAGUCCCUAGCAACAGAGGGAGUAAAUAGCUCUGAGGGGCUGCCAAGCUGGAGGCCGAAGGGACAUGAUUCUAUUAAUGUAUCCCAGAAAGUCUCUGGCAGCUUUCCAGCACUAGUGGUAGGGGGCACAAGAGUCAGCAGUGUGGGUAGUGAGAGAGGUGGCAAUACUGCAAAAUCAUUCCCAGCUUUGCCACGAGGCCGAGGGUUCUUUCCACUUAGGGAACCACAAGUAAGAGGUCCUUCAUUUGUUCCCGCCCUUAGAUCGGGGAUAAUGAUGGAGGUGCCAUUGGGUAAUACUAGAGUAGCCUGCAACAAUGGAAGGUUGGCUCAUGUUUCUUUCCCACCUGUGGGCCCAAGACACCCAAGGCCUAUGCCUAUGUCUUCCAGUGUUCCGGGUUUACCUUGCUCUACUGCUCAUUGCUUCAUACCUGCCCCACCUCCAAGUUUUAAUCCAUUUUUCAUUAAGCCUAUUGCUUUUGCACCUCCUCCAGUAUUUGGUCCUCCACUGUCACCUUAUUUUGCUCAUUUGCAUUCUGGAAGAAUGCCUUUUCCUGCAUCCUUAAACAAAGAGCUCAAGUGAUAACAAAAACGGGAAGAAGAAAGUCAGGGUUGGAAAAGAACUUUCAUUUACUCAAUUACAUGUUAAUAUUUGAAACUCCUUACCCUCCACAAUCUAUUUCACACUAAUGUGCCUUACAAAACUGGAUAUUCA